CGAAUUCGUGACCCGCGCGCGUUACGACUUGACCUCGAGGCAAUAUUUUCCCACUCGUGUCACGCCGACAACUUAUAAGCUGGCCUGUCCAGUAAUUCCUCCGGUCAUUCUUAUCUGCUCAUCCGACUUUUAUCAUGAUGCCGGGGCCACAGAAUGACCUAGACAGCGUUAGGAAGACUGUUCAGUCUCAGUACAACAGAAACCUGGUCUCGAGCAGCGUAUUGCCAAAGACCUCAUCAUCAUCAAAGUUCAAGCCAGCCUUAGGCGUUUCUCACUCUGCAUCUAAUCCCACCUCUCGCCAAACGUCGGGUUCUUCGCUUCCAUCAUUCGCAACACCCAAUUUUGGAAGGAAAACGAUGAACCCUCGUCCAGCUCCAUUGUCCGCCCCGCCCCACCGAGAUCUAAUUGAUUUAUGUCGUGAGCCCACCAUUGAGAUCAUGGAAGGCCCAGUACCCUCUCGAAAGCGCCAGUCCCUCGAUGUCCCCGACGGAGCUCGACAAUCAGCCUCUAAACGUCUGAAGGAAAGUGAUCGUGUCAACAAAGAAAAUAUUUUCAUCACUGGCCCUUUGUCUUCAAAGGGAAAAUCUCGCGCUGUUUCUCGACAAUGGACACCCGACAUUUCUAGUGACAUUGAAGCAUCGAAUCCGAACUAUACUUCAAAUGUACCAUCUCGUCGUGAUCUGUUUACCGCACCACCGGCCUCUUCCGAAACGGUACAAUCUGAUCCAGGCACUCAGCUCGUCAAGAAUUCGGACCUAGACUCCGUUUGUUGGCUCUCAUUUCAGAUACUCAUGACCCUGACUUUAUUUUGCAGCGAUCGCAAGGGUUUUUGAGAUUGAUACUUGGCCGAAACCGCCAAGUUCGUGAUUAUUUUCUCAGAUUGAUAUCAGAACACGGCAGCAAUCCCUUGGACAUUUUUGAAGUCUCGUUCUU